AUGUCUGACCAUCAGCCUGUGCUCCGGACAGACGCUGAAGCAGCGUUUGUUGGACACGUCCAACGUGGCCUUGAUCUUUCUGCCAAUUGGCCAGAAGCACUGAAUAGCGUUAUUUUGGCUGAGCCCGAACCAAACAUUAGCUGUGCUGUGUUGCCUCUUGCCUCAUUGGUCGUCAUCGUCAUCGUCGCGGCAAAGGCCAGGCCGUUGAGCUUGGCCAGUCGCCACCGCAACAGUGACGGUCACACACACGCAUCUGUCGAAUGCGUCAUUCUUAACGGCAAGCUUCAAUUUUCCAAUUAG